UAAGUGUGAGGACAGGAGGCUCAGCAGAGGCAGAGAGGGAGGAAAAAAAGAAGCUUGUUGGUUUUAGAAGCUCAGACCGCAGCGUCAGAAAGGAAGCGCUAUAAUCAGCUUGUCGAAUGACUUGGUAAAUUUUUUUUUGUCUUCGUGGGUUUUCUGUUCAGGGACUUUAAGCCAACAUGAACGGUGAUGACAGCAAACAGCGUUUCGUGUCGACCCUCAAGCUGCACAUCCAGCCAUCAAGGAACGGGACGAGGAUGAUUGACAGCAGGACCCGUGUCAAAAGUUCAGAAGCAGAUUCUCUUUCUAAAAAUCUGGACCCACCUGUCUUCAUGGAGCCCCUGGAAGACUGCUGUGCAGAUGAAGGAGGCGACCUUGUGCUGCGAGGCGUUCUUACAGGGAGCCAGCCYAUCAGAGUGACGUGGCUGCAAAAUGGGGAAGCAGCACAUUUUGGAAAACCUUCUUUCAACGGCAGGGAGGUGAAAUUUGUAGUGAGGGAGUGUUUAGCAGAAGCUGCCGGUACCUACACGUGUUUGGCUGAAAACAGUGCAGGAAGGACAUCCUGCAGAGCUGCUGUGGGCAUCAGGGAAUUUGAAAGUACGCAUCGCGUCUCGUCGUUACCCACUUCUGCAUCUGAGAGCACUGUGGAAAACGGACGGUCACCACAAACUCCCAAAGAUGAGCAAGAGGUGUUUAAAAAAGUUUUUAGUUGCUCUCCUACAAGYCCUGAAAUACAGAGCCCAGUCUUUUCCCCAAGAGAAAUCAUCCCGAAGAAGAGAGCCAACUCAGGGACAGGUCCAGUUUUACAUUUCCAAGAUCCACCACAGCACCUGGAGGUGAAGGCGGGACAAACUGCUAAGCUGACGUGUUUUUUCAGUGGAAGCCCUCCUGUAGUCUCGUGUUGGAUCAGAAACAAAGAACAGAUAGCAGAUAGUCCAGAAGAGUGGACAGAAAACACAGAUGAGAGCAGCACACUGGUUCUAGCAGAGGCUAAAGCGGAGCACACGGGUCGAUACACCGUUGUGCUGAAAGACCGGAGAAGCUCGGCACAACACACGCUCACUCUCUCUGUCAUAGACAUCCCGGAGCCCCCCGCUUCGUCUCCCGUGGCCUCCCUGGUAUCCGGGUCCAGUCUUGCGCUCUCCUGGUCRGGCCCCUGCUUCGACGGCGGCAGCGUCGUGCUGGGUUACGUGGUGGAAGUGAGGAAGCAGGGACUCGGCGAGCCCCGAGAGUGGAAGGAGCUCACCAACCGCUGCAAAAGCACCUCAUACAAAGUGUCGGGACUGGAACCUCAGCGGGAGUUUUGUUUCCGAGUCAGAGCGUACAACGCUGUGGGGGUCAGUGAACCCAGCCCGGUUUCAACAGCGGUCAGGAUGGAGCAGAAAGAUUCUGACGAACCCCAAGCAGCCCCUGAGGUGUACACCUGUGUCACCAUUGAUUCCUCCCAUAAAGUCACAGAUCACUACAAYGUGCACGAGAAACUUGGAGGGGGGAAAUUUGGCUUGGUCUACAAGCUGACACACAAAGAGACAGGAAGUGUGUGCGCUGGAAAGUUCUACAAAGGUCAUCGUGCCAAAGAGAGAGAAGCUGCUCGUAAAGAGAUCGAACUGAUGAACUACCUCCAUCACCCCAAACUGGUUCAGUGUCUGGGGGCGUACGACCACAAACGUGAGAUGGUCAUGGUGAUGGAGUUCAUUGCAGGCGGGGAAUUGUUCGAGCGAAUUGUGGAUGACAACUUCGAGCACACGGAGCCUGCCAGUGUGCGCUACAUGCAGCAGAUCCUGGAGGGGAUUGCCUACAUGCACCAGCAGAACAUCGUCCACCUGGACCUCAAACCUGAAAACAUCGUGUGUGUCGACACCACUGGCACGUCCAUAAAGAUCAUUGACUUUGGAUUAGCCAGCAGGCUUGAUGGCAGCGCCCCUCUGAAGGUGAUGCAUGGGACUCCUGAGUUUGUAGCUCCUGAGGUGAUCGGCUAUGAACCCGUGUGUUUGGCCACUGACAUGUGGAGCAUCGGUGUCAUCUGCUACAUCUUGUUAAGCGGCGAGUCUCCGUUCCAGGGUAGCAGUGAGAGUGAGACCCUGGCGCUGGUCACAGCAGCUCAGUGGGAGUUCGAUGACGAGAGCUUUGAGGACAUCACAGACGAGGCCAAAGAUUUCAUCAGCUCACUGCUGAACAAAGACCCAAGGAAGAGGAUGUCCUGUGAGGAGGGCCUUGCCCACCCCUGGAUGGAGAAGUUUGCCUCUGGAGACGUCAAGUCUACCAAGAGUCUGUCCAAGGAGAAGAUGAAGAAGUUUUUAGCCAGACAAAAGUGGAAGAAAGCAGGCAAGGCCAUGCAAGCCUUGCAGAGAAUGGCUCUGUUGUCUAAAAGUGGCAGUUCUGGAUCGCUCAUAAGCCCUAAAAAGGAUGAACCUCUGAGCCCCGAGGCGGAGCAGGCUCUGCAGUCUCUGGAGCGUAAGAUGCAAGGACCACCCGGGUUUACCCAGACCUUGAARGACCAAACUGUAACUCAGGGAUCCUGCGCCCGACUCUCGUGCCACCUGACUGGAUAUCCCGAUCCAGAGGUGGUGUGGCUGUGUGGAGACCAACCUGUGGAGGAAUCAUCCACGGUUCAGAUCAAGUAUGAGGAUGAUGGCUGCUGUACUCUCAUUUUAUCAAAAGUCGUCCCAGAGGACACCAAUGUUUACACCUGCAAGGCAACUAAUGAACAUGGGGAGAUGCUCUGCUCAGCUAAACUAACAGUUCUUCAUUAGAGUUWAUAUAUGGAUGCAAACUAAAACUAAUAAAUAGGAUAUUUCUUGGUGCCA